AUGACGGCCAACGGAACCUCGAAGAAUGUCUACCUCAUCUGGGGAGGCAAGGGAUGGGUCGCCGGCCACCUGGAGGCCCUCCUGCAGGCACAGGGCAAGGAGGUCUACACCACAACCGUCAGGAUGGAGGACCGCGAGGCCGUCAAGGCCGUGCUGGACAAGUACAAGCCCACCCACGUCUUCAACUGCGCCGGGUCGACCGGACGGCCGAAUGUCGACUGGUGCGAGGACCACAAGGAGGAGACGAUGCGGUCCAAUGUCAUCGGCACCCUCAACUUGACCGACUGCUGCUUCCAGGCCGGCAUCCACAUCACCGUCUUUGCCACCGGCUGCAUCUACCACUACGAUGACGCCCACCCCAUUGGCGGCCCCGGCUACACCGAGACCGACCCUGCCAACUUCAAGGGCAGCUUCUACUCGGAGACAAAGGGCCACGUUGAGGAGGUCAUGAAGUUCUACAAGAACUGCCUCAUCCUGCGUCUGCGGAUGCCCGUCUCGGACGACCUCCACUCUCGGAACUUUGUGACCAAGAUCAGCAAGUACGAGCGCGUCGUCGAUAUCCCGAACAGCAACUCGAUCCUCACCGACCUCCUCCCCGCGUCCAUCGUCAUGGCCGAGCACCAGGACACGGGCGUCUACAACUUUACCAACCCCGGUGCCAUCAGCCACAACGAGGUGCUCUCGCUCUUCAAGGAGAUCAUCCGCCCGGACUUUACCUGGAAGAACUUUUCGGUCGAGGAGCAGGCCAAGGUCAUCAAGGCGGGCCGAAGCAACUGCCUGCUGGACACGACCAAGCUGGAGAAGAAGCUCAAGGAGUACGGAAUCACCGUGCCCGAGAUCCACACUGCCUACAGACAGUGCUUUGAGAGAAUGAAGGCGGGAGGGGUUCAGUAG